UCGUUUUGGUGGAGUUGUACGCUGCCUUCCAUUAUGUUGUGCCCCCUCCCCAAAAGAGGAGGUUCUCGUCCUCGCUUUUCUUCCCCCACAAGAAAUCCCCAAAUUGCCGUCCAAAUUGUUCCCAAGAUCUCGUCUUGGUGUCGUCGGGAGACGCCUCUGUUGGAUCCCGGCGAGUCCUCCAGAUUUCUCCGCCGGAUUCCGGUCGUACAGCGUAUGGGGAACGCCGGGAGCAGCGGUAAUGGCGUCGGCGGCGGUCGGAGGAGGGCCUCGGGUCCUCACCACCAUCACCAUCACCACCAGGCUCCCUUCGGCCCCGCCCCUUCUCCGCCCCAGCCUCCGCCGCCGACACAGCAGCAGCAGCCGAUGGAGGUGACUGCUAAUCGCUACGUGUUCGCCGCCGCGACUCCUUACCCGCCGCAGUACCCUAAUCCGAACCCGCCGCAGUACUACCAGUACGGGUACUACCCGCCUCCGCCGAUGGCGACGCCGGUGCCUCUCCCUGCGCCGUUCGAUCACCACCACCGCGGAGUCGUCGGGCCUCACGGGGAGCACCCACCCCACCAUCUGGGGUGGGUGGGUGGCGGGAGGUAUCCGGCGCCCUGUGGUCCUCCUCCCCUUCCUCCUCCUUAUGUUGAACAUCAGAAGGCCGUUACCAUCAGGAACGAUGUUAAUGUCAAUAAAGAGACCAUCAAAGUUGAGCCCGAUGAGCAGAAUCCUGAUUGUUUCCUUGUUGCAUUUUCCUUCGACGCCACCGUAGCUGGCAGCAUCACUGUGGUCUUCUUUGCAAAAGAAGGUACAGAAUGUAACCUGACUCCGACAAAGGAUUUCCUUCAACCGGUAACCGUAUCUUUCAAGGAAGGUUUGGGUCAGAAGUUCAGGCAACCGUGUGGGACAGGAAUCAAUUUCUCAAUGUUCAAUGAGGCUGAGUUGAUGAAGGGUGGAGAACUAGACAUUUAUCCGCUGGCAGUAAAAGCAGAAGCUUGUCCAUUCAACAAUCAAGAGCCAGUUGGUGAGGACCAGCAGCUAGAAACUCCUAACUCACAGAUCACUCAGGCUUUCUUUGAGAAGAAAGAGAAUGGUGAGUAUCAUGUUCGUGUGGCCAAGCAGAUACUUUGGGUGAAUCAGACCAGAUACGAGCUGCAGGAGAUUUAUGGCAUAGGGAACUCGGUUGAGAAUGAUGUUGAUGGCAAUGAUCCAGGAAAAGAAUGUGUGAUUUGUCUUUCUGAGCCACGUGAUACCACUGUUCUCCCUUGCAGACACAUGUGCAUGUGCAGUGAAUGUGCAAAGAUUCUUAGGUUCCAAACCAAUCGUUGCCCGAUCUGCAGGCAGCCAGUGGAGCGGCUGCUAGAGAUCAAGAUCAAUAACAGCGCCGAGCAGCAACAGCAGCUGGAAUCACAGGGCGUUUACUAGAGGGUGUUCACGAACUGGCCAUCAACUUCUUUGAGGCAUUGCAUGCCUAGGGAGCCAUUUCAGAUGUAUAUUCUUUCAAUCUGCAGCUCGAACGAGGGACCCUGUUCCGGAUAUUAUAAAGAUGUAUCUUUCAUCCCAUUUUAAUGUUGUUUCUUUUCUGAUGUUUAGUUGGGUUGAAAUUCAUGCAUGCAAACACGAAAAGAGAAGACAAUUAUUGUCUCUGUUUGUUCCUAAUGGUGGAUGAGACUGGGCUGAGGUGCAGUGCCUUCACCAUUUUCGAUCAUAAAGCCAAAUAUUUAUCACU